AUGAGGGAAGAUCCAGGCAGGACUGGGGAGCAGGUUGGGAGUGUGAUGGGUGGGGCUCUGGAGCUGAGGCUGAAGGAUGGAGGCCACCGCUGUGAGGGGAGAGUGGAAGUGAAGCAUCAAGGAGUAUGGGGCAUGGUGUAUGUUAAGUACUGGUUCGUGGACGAUGCAGAUGUGGUGUGCCGAGAGCUGGGAUGUGGAGCUGCUGUUGAUGCUCCCAGAGGGGCUUAUUUUGGACCAAGACUUAGCCCCAUUUGGCAUGUCUAUUAUAAGUGCAAGGCAACAGCAUCAAGUUUCAACAUCAAAGACUGUUUUUAUUCUAAUUUUGAAAACUAUAAUCAUACCUUCUCUCAUGAACAAAGUAUUGGAGUAGUCUGCUCAGCACGUGUGCGUCUGGUUGGAGGGGAUGGACCCUGCUCAGGGCAAGUAGAAGUGCGUUCUGGACAAGACUGGACCCCAGUGUCUGAUGGGAACUUUACAUUCCCCACAGCCCAGGUCAUCUGUGCAGAGAUGGGAUGUGGCAAGGCUGUGUCUGUCCUGGGACACGUGCCCUUCAGAGCAUUAGAUGGCCGGGUCUGGGCUGAAGAGUUCAGAUGUGAGGGCGAGGAGUCUGAGCUCUGGUUCUGCCCCAGAGUGCCCUGUCCAGGGGGGACUUGUCACCACAGUGGAGCUGUUCAAGUUGUCUGUUCAGCAUACACAGAAGUCCGGCUCAUGAGAAAUGGCACUGCUCAGUGUGAGGGGCAAGUGGAGAUGAAUAUUUCUGGAAGAUGGAGAGGGCUCUGUGCCUCCCACUGGACUAGGGCCAAUGCCAAUGUUGUCUGUCAUCAGCUUGGCUGUGGAGUUGCCAUCUCCAUUCCAAAAGGAGCAGAAGGAGGUGAUCAAAUCUGGGAAGCCCGAUUUCACUGCUUGGGGGCUGAAUCUUUCUUGUGGAAUUGCCCUGUGACUGCCCUGGGUGUUCCUGACUGUACCCAUGGAAACACGGCCUAUGUGAUCUGCUCAGGAAACCAGAGCCAGGUGCUGCCCCAGUGCAACGACUCCGUGCCUGAACUAGCUGGCUUUGAAGCCUCAGAGGAGAGCGCUGCUGCCAACUGCUCAGACAGCACACAGCUCCGCCUGGUGGACGGGCAUGGUCACUGCGCCGGGAGAGUGGAGAUCUUUCACCAGGGCUCCUGGGGCACCGUCUGUGAUGACGGCUGGGACCUGGACGAUGCCCACGUGGUGUGCAGGCAGCUGGGCUGUGGAGAAGCCCUCAACGCCACGGUGUCGGCUCGCUUCGGGGCGGGAUCAGGGCCCAUCUGGCUGGACGACCUGAACUGCACAGGAAAGGAGUCCCAUGUGUGGAGGUGUCCUUCCCGGGGCUGGGGGCGGCACAACUGCAGACACAAGGAGGACGCGGGAGUCAUCUGCUCAGAGUUCCUGGCCCUCAGGAUGGUGAGCGAGGACCAGGAGUGUGCUGGGUGGCUGGAAGUUUUCUACAACGGGACCUGGGGCAGUGUCUGCCGCAGCCCCAUGGGAGACAUCACCUUGUCCAUCAUCUGCAGUCAGCUUGGCUGUGGGGACAGUGGAACUCUCAACUCUUCUGUUGCUCUUAGGGAAGGUUCUAGACCCCGGUGGGUAGAUGAAAUCCACUGUCGGAAAACUGAUACCUCUCUCUGGCAAUGUCCUUCUGACCCUUGGAAAUAUAGUUCAUGCUCUCCAAAGGAGGAAGCCUAUAUCUCGUGUGCAGGAAGGAGACCUAAGAGCUGCCCAACUGCUGCCCCCUGCACAGACAAAGAGAAGCUCCAGCUCAGGGGAGGAGACACCGUGUGCUCAGGGCGGGUGGAGGUCUGGCACAGCGGCUCCUGGGGCACAGUGUGUGAUGACUCCUGGAGCCUGGCAGAGGCCGAGGUGGUGUGUCAGCAGCUGGGCUGUGGCCAUGCCCUGGAAGCCGUGCGGGGUGCAGCAUUUGGCCCUGGAAAUGGGAGCAUCUGGCUGGACGAGGUGCAGUGCGGGGGCCGGGAGUCCUCCUUGUGGGACUGUGCUGCGGAGCCCUGGGGGCAGAACGACUGCAAGCACGAGGAGGAUGCUGGAGUGAGGUGCUCUGGUGGAAGAACAACAUUGCCCCCCACUACAGCAGGGACCCGACCAGGCUCAUAUCCUAUCCCUGGCAUCUUCUCCCUGCCUGGGACCCUCUGCCUCAUCUUGGGGGCCCUUCUCUUCCUGGUCCUCAUCAUCCUGGUGACUCAGCUGCUCAGAUGGAGAGCAGAGCGCAGAGCCGUAUCCGGUUUUGAAGAUGCUCUUGCUGAGGCCAUGUAUGAGGAGCUUGAUUACCUUGUGACACCGAAGGAAGAUCUUCUGGGCAGGCCAGGGUUUCUGUCAGAUGACUCUUUGACCAAACUGCCAUAUGACACUGGGGAUGGCGAGGACAAUAGCGACUACAAGUCCACUCCAGAACCACCAGAGCAGAAGACUGAUGACGCUGGUGAGGGUUAUGAUGAUGUUGAAGAGGUGCCAGUGCCUGGGGCUCCUCCUGCCUCUCGGAGGAGUGAGGGGGAAGUGCCCCCAGAGAAGGAGAAUGGGGUGAGGGUCUCUCAGACAGGCUCUUCUCUGAACUUCUUUAGAGAGGCGGCUGAUCCUGGGAAAGGAGAAGAGAGCCCCUGGUUUCUCCAGGUGGAAAAAGGGGACCCUGGGUAUGAUGACGUUGAACUAAGUGUCCCUGGAACAUCCACAGUGGCUUUCCCAUGA